UCUGAUCGAUAAGCCGCCUAAUUCAGCGUCCUUGAAACUCGUGUUAGAAAAAAACAAUACGUGUUGAUAAGGUUAUUCUGAUACGACAACUCGACGUGUUGUCAGUCUAUGGACCAAAACCGCUGAGUGCAGUAGCAGAGCUCCGGCAACUUCGAACGCUUGCAGCUGGAUCCUCGUGGGCUUCUUGACUUCUGGCGCCACUCGUGUCCAAGCGGAGAACUACCUAAAGGGACGCCUAUCGUAGGGCGGGACAAUUCGGUACGAACAGGGAGUCGGACAUGGAGUCGGAGGAACAGGUUCCUAUUCUUCAUGCUGAUGAGAAGUUUCAAGGCAGGCUGAUGACUCUGGCCAACCAUUUUGAGAAGAAGUACAAUAUCGAGCCUCUGUUCUUCGUUAGAGUUCCAGGAAGAGUUAAUUUAAUUGGCGAGCACAUCGAUUAUUGCGGGUACGCUGUUUGUCCGAUGGCCAUCGAACAGGACAUCCUCGUUGCCGUCGCUCCCUCGAAAGGCAUUCGUCUUACCAAUCUAGACCCGAAGUACGAGGACUUCCAAUGCAACUUGAAGGAUUUGAGUGUUUGCAUCGAGGAUGCCAGCUGUGGUCCAGACUGGUACAAGUAUUUCCUCUGCGGCGUAAAAGGAGCCCUCGAAGUGAUCCCAGAAGAAACCGCAGCUUCGGGAAUCCUUGCUGCAGUUUGGGGAAACAUCCCUCCUAAUUCAGGGCUCUCGAGCUCGAGUGCUCUCGUCUCUGCUGCUGUCCUUUCGACCAUGCACGUUAGCCAGCACCAAUUGUCGAAACGUGGGCUGGCUACCAUCAGCGCCAGGGCUGAAAGGUACAUUGGCACUCAGGGUGGCGGAAUGGAUCAAGCGAUCGCGUUUCUCGGGAAGGCUGGCUCCGCGAUGCUGAUUGAAUUCAAUCCGUUGCAAGGCACAAUUGUCACUCUACCCGAAACUGCAGUGUUCGUAAUAGCGCACAGCCAGGCAUGUCACAACAAAGCUUCUACGUCAGAUUUCAAUUUAAGGGUUGCAGAGUGUCGACUGGCUGCGCAGAUAAUAGCGAAGAAAAAGAACAAGGGUUGGGAGCAUGUACAGACAUUAAGCGACGUUCAAGAGGCACUUGGCAUCAGCGCGGAUGAAAUGGUCCCGGUGGUAACAAACAACCUCCACGAGGAACCAUACACCCUAAGCGAGAUCAGCGAGAUCCUGGACACGACGAACCAAAGGCUCCGAGAGAUAUCACGCUUAGGGUCCUUCAGCGACUCGCAAACGUUCAAGCUUAAACAACGCGCUCUGCACGUGUACCAAGAGGCAGGCAGGGUGGUGAUGUUUAAGCGGAUAAGCGAAGGGAACGCCAUAAUGGAAGAAGAGAAGCUUCGGCAGCUUGGAAGCCUGAUGUCGCAGAGCCACACCAGCCUCCGUAAACUCUACGAGUGCAGCCAUCCCAGCGUGGAUGCACUCGUCGACAAGGCUAUGAUUUGCGGUGCACUCGGGGCGAGGCUGACUGGAGCUGGGUGGGGCGGUUGCAUAGUGGCCAUAACAACGAAAGACAAGGUUUUCCAAUUUCUGGAUACGUUGAAGAAGGAUCUCGCCCGAGAUGGGAUAAAGGAUGGAUUCAAACUCGACGAUCUGGUCUUCCCGACGGAACCGAACCAGGGUGCUGUAAUUUAUACGAACUAGUUUCUCUAUCCAUAUUUUCCCAUUCUAUUCCUGCAUUUCAUAAAUCGUCGAAUGGAUAGCCGACAUAUAUUUACCAGACACCCUUCUAGGAACAGUUAUCUGUAUACGAUGCUGUUAUCGCGAACUUGCGCAUGCUCAGUUGUGUAUACAUAAACAAUAAAUCUUGCCAAACGUACACGACUUUGCGAAGUCUAAAAAGAGGCUGAAGUUUGAAUAAAUUGUAGCUUGUAAUGCCUCGAAACUGACAUUGGCACUACUUCAUGCACUAUACAAGGUAAUUGAACUCUUUG